AUGUCCUCUACCGUACAACCUAGUACUUUUUUACCUGGCGGUAUCAGUAGUCUUUAUAAUAAUAAUCUCACAUUAGCUCCACCAUAUAUUUUCGUAAUUAUACUUGGUUGUCUGAUAUUCAUUCUCAUUGUUCUAAUUAUUAUUCGAGAAAUUCUGAAGUCUCGUGGUAUACUUAAAGAUUGUUGUAAUUGGCAAGAAACUGGUGGUAUUCAAUGUUUAGGUUGUCAAGAAUGUUGUGCAUCAUGUGCUGAAACAUGUGAUUGUUGUCAAACAACUUCCAUUGAAUCAUGUUUUGAUGCAUGUUGUCCAAAACGAGGAUCACUCGAAUUUGCCGAUAUUAUUACAUGUGAAGCAUGUUGUGGUGAACGAUAUUGUGGCGAAUGUUGUGGUGCUAAUUGUAUUUGUGCGCCGACGGAUGUCAGUAACGUCAAUUGUUUGUGUUGUGCUAUUGAACAACAACCAGACAUGGAUGGCAGAUAA